AUAAUUUUAGGUCAACCUAUAAUGGAACUCCAGGGUACUUCCCAAGUUGUAUUUCAAAGUUGUCCUAGAAUGCUUCCAUGUACUGGUGACAGACAUCCAAGCAAAUCAUGGUAGACGAAGACGUAAGUGAGCGGCAGGGAGAGAUCCUGGAGGCAGGUAAUGUGUACGUGCUGAUGAAAAGGGAGUAUAGGAUCUCAAGAAAUAUAAGAGCACUCUGGUAUUUUGGGCACCUCAAUCAAGUCAUUGAAUAUACACCUAAGUCAAAUCUGUCUGAGUACACACAUGAGAUAGAAGUGAUAUCAGUGGUUCCCAGAGAACCUGCCAGGAUACAGAAAAGGGGAGGGAAGAGGCCUCAGUACAGACUGACCAGUAACACAGUGCUCACAUUCUUUGCUAGGCGGUAUAGAUUGGUGUAUGCACUGGACCUCAGUCCGUCUUCAGGCUCUGUGGAUAUCAACCAUUGUUCAGUUUUGAUAACUGAAGUAUUUUUGGCUCUGAAGAAAUCUCUCCUUGGAUUAGCUCAACCAUUCUAUAUCCCUGGUAGCUUGCUGAGAAUUGAACCUCAGCUUUACAUCACAGUGGUCACAUAUGCACCAAUUGUUAGCUGCAAGGCUAAACAAGUUCUUGUACAGGGUUGCCAUGUCACACAUGAGAAUGUUGAAGAGUUCCUGGCAGUGAUCAAAGAGAAGAUAACUGAGUUGGAAAACUAUAUGGCACAGAGCUUUGAACCAUUUGCCAAGGAGAUGCCAAGCUUUGAUGAUGAUGAGAGUGUGAUGUUUGGCUUGUAUCCAAAAGAAGAUGGCAACCUGGCUGAUAUGGACCCUCAGCCUGACUCCAUGGUGGCAGCAGACUCAGGGUUUGUCAACCUGCUCAGGUACGGCAUCCUGGCACUACAGUUGUUACCUGAAAACAGCAGCGCAGGUAUCAUUAUCAUCACGGAUGGAGUUGUCAGUCUUCCUGAUGCCCUGAUAUUUGAGUCAUUGCUGGCGCAAUUGAGAAACAGCACAGUCACAUGCUCUGUGCUGCAGAUUGGAAGUGGUUGCCAUGCCAACAAUAACUUUGGACUAGUACCUUGUACAGAGUUGCUGCAAUUUCUUGCCAAGGCCACAUUUGGUGCUUACUUCAAGGGGCCUCCUGUCGUGACUUCCUCUGACACAUUUGAGAUGAACUGCUAUCAUAAAGCUCUGUUUGGAUGGAAAUUCAAGAAUGCCAAUCUUAGUAUGGAACUAGAUGGAUGGGAAGAUGUCAAUUUUGGUGUCAGGAAGCCUCUUACCCUGGGCAAUCAUUCAGUUUGGGAGUCCCCACCCAUGAGGAAGAAACACAUGGAAAAAAACCUGCAUGCCAACAUACUAGAUGUGAUAUCAGUGAGGCUAAGAGAAGGGUUCACUAUCAAAAAUGUAGCCAUCACCAGGGGAGAAAGUCAGAUUGAGGUCCAUCUUGUGUUGCCAUGGAGAGACAAUGUUAGGAUAGAGUAUCUAGCCAUUGCUUCAUGGCCUAUCAUCAGAGAAAGCAAGUCAAAAACAGACACUGUUUCAUUUAAAGUGAUGGAAGGGAGGAUGAUGACCCAUGUUGAGGUGACGACAGAGGGCUGCUACGAGUUCCUUCAUGAUGUGACGUGCACACAAAAGAAACCAUUCAGGAGUCCCUACCGGACAGCCAUGGUCAAAACUUUCUGGCUCAUGCAACAGGGCCUAACUCAAGUUGAUCAGUUGAUGGUGCAUAUCCAAUCCUUUGCCAGCAAUCCAGCCUUCUACACCAUCCCUGAGAACAUCAAGAGUGGAGUGCCUUUGUUUGUGUUACCCACCAACUCCCCCAGUCCUCAGCUCUACAUACAGCAAAGCUCAAAGGACACGGCUCUGUCUCAGUUUGCUUCAUUUUGGAAGCCAAUUAUGAUGCUGGACAUCAAUAUAUGGCAAAAGUGGAUGCAUACUCAUCGCAUAGGCAUCAUUCUGGAGCAUGACAUGCCAUUGCCCAAACACCUGCAUAUCCCAAACUCCAACAGCCGCUUCAAUACUGUGAUGUGCAGACAAGCUCUGACCUCCAUGAAUGAGUUGCUGAAAGACUGGAGCAGCUUCAUUCUGAUGGAAAACCAUUCUUAUAUCAAAUUGAUUGGGGAACCAGACAAGCCUCCCAGCUCAUUUUAUGUGAUCAGAGUGACAUCCAAGCCCCCAUGUAUGGUGCUGAGGGUGGCCUUCCCCACAGGGACACCUGGACACAAGAGGAAUGAGAUUGUGAACAAAGUGAAGGCCAAGUUGUUGACCCUGAACUUCCCCCAGCGUGGCACUCAGAAGGAGGGCCUGUCUCAGACCCCUGGUCACUCUCAAGUGACCAGUCCAGUACAGGUUUGGAAGCCACCUCUGCAGAGACAGAGGGCAGAGAUACGCUGCUGUAUUCUCAUGAACAAACCAGUGGAAAAGAUCUUGAUCAGGUACGAAAAGAUCCCAGAAGACUUUAUGUCCAUGGAGAACCCUUAUCGUGAUUCUGCCCAGCUGGGGAUGACCCAGGUCAGUUUGACUAAGUCUGCAUCCAGUCUGUUCACCACAUUGUCCAAGUACUUGUACCACAGGAGGUGGGUGUGGUCAGUCCAAGACAAGCUCUCCUCUCCACCAAGUCUACAGGCUAUAGGCCGAGUGCUCACAACACUCUCUAAGAUCCGUCUUCAAGAAGGCUUCCAUUUUGCUCACACCAGCUCUGGCAUUGUUAACAUGGUGGUUGAAAUGCAGAUGAAGGAUCCUAAGUGUGAAGAUGACACAGAGCUGCAGCCCUGUGUGAUGCAGUAUGUCCUCUUCCCACCUCAUACUACUACAAAGGAAAGCUUCUCAGAGAGCGACACAGAUGUGGAAGAGCGUGCUGAGAGUGAUGGUGAGAUUCAGAUUAUCACUGAGUGUUGGAUAGAGCCACAGUAUGGUAAUGUGGUCAACAAGACCCCAGAGAGGAACCACUAUGAUGGACUAGACUUCAAGCAGCUGGCUAAUGCGCUGUUCCCUGUUGAUGAAGAAUGUAUAUCUACCAUGCUGACAUUGGAACACCUGAUCAACAUGUGCCAAGAACCUGUACGAGUACUGGCUCCUGCCACUGAAAAGUGGUGUCCUGUGUACUCUGAAGAGUCCAGUCAGCAGAGAGGGACAUCAGAGUCUGCCAUCCAUUGUAUUCCUUUUCCUUUUGACUUGAUGAAACUUUUGCCAAAAUGUCAGCAAGUGGAAAUCUUGUUUUCAACUUUUAUUGAAGAAUCUACAAAUUUUGCUCAAAAUGACCCAAUGUCAGAGCCUGGCACCCCCACCCAGCCCCAGGGCAGUCCAGCCCAGUCUCCAAACGCCAUCCUCUUCCAGCUCCUGUCAGAACAGCUGAAAGACUUGCAUGACAGGGAGGUGGAGAUGAACAUGGCAGAAUGUGGUACCUUUGUUCAGCUUAUACAAAAGAGAACACGGGAUGUACAGGAGCAACCAUAUCCUUUUACAACAGCCAACAUCACUCAUGAAUCCACACCUGAGAAGGAGUUGGACCUGAGGGAGAUAGUUUCUCGGAGUAUAUUGUCUUCAUGCACAGACAAGACCAUCUCACAGCAUAGUGUCACAGCUGUGCAGGGACGACAGACAGAGGAAUCUCAUGGACAGGAGAGCAGGAGUGGGUGUGGUCAACACAGGGUACCCAGGUGGAACUGCUAUGUUAAAACGGUGGGACAGGGUUGCGUUAUUGUCACUUUCAUCCCAGCAACAUACCUGGAUUUAAUAUCACUUGCACCCUCUAGUAGCAGUGGGGAGGAGAGUUCAAUGGACAGAGAAAUGGAAGAUGCUGUGAGAAGAAAUAAAAUUCAUGAGGAAGAGUCUCAGACAGAUGUUAUUGAAAACCCAGAACAGACACAGUGCUGGGAAAAGUCUUCAGAAACAGAUGUCAUCAAUGAAAGUUUUGCAGACAUCCCUGAUACAAGAUUAACUUCAGAGAAAGAGGCUUCCAAUGAGAAAGAUCUGAAUGGAAAUGAACAAAUAGAAUACAAGAAAGAUUCAUACUUCACAAGUAAAAAGUCUCUGACUCUUCCAAUGUUUAUCUACCAGUGCUCCAUGUCCAGCCUGACGGAGCAGCUGGUCUCUAAGUGGAGUUACAUGGAACCUCAGGACAUCUUCCAGGAUAUGACAUUUACUUCAUGGGACAUGGAGGAAGAUGUCAUGGAGCCCCACGCAACACGUGAGGGGUCCCAGGACACCGUUGUCAACCGUGGGGAAGAAGAGGGGUCAAGAAGCCGCCAGGACACAUUGACCAGUCCAGUCAAAGAUAAGUUGCACGUGUCAUUUGACAGGCGGUCAACUGAGAUAUUCACUGGGGCAGAGGAACUGAGGAACCACUGUAACAUGAUGUGUGAUGCCUACUACAAGAGCUUUGUCACAGGGGUUUACAAGAGUCUCCAGCAAGGACAGGAAGUAAGUGGAAUGGACACUGAGUCUGCUAUCAGUAGCAUAUGCCAAGAGAGCGUGCCUCUGCAGAUUGACAUCACAAGGUACUUGCAAACAGUAUGUGGUCACAUUCAGAAGGUGAUAGAGAGGCACAAUAAAGAGCAGUGUAUGAAGAAGGACCUGGAGAUAGCAGUGCCUAAGAGCCAUGUCAUAUUUGCCAGAGAACUUGGUGAUGUGGAGGAAGAGAUAAAGAGCACAUUGUCAGGAGAUUCUGGUGUGACCAUGUCCAACCCGAACUCCAACAGAUACUUCCAGCCCUCCAGGGCUCACAUCAAGUUUCCAGUUUCAAAGCUGACCUGCAGGUGUACAGAGUUGGUGAAAGGACUGCAUAAGCAGAUCAAAAAGAAAUUUGCAGAUAUCUUGGCCAAAAAUUUCAGAUCUGUCUCUUCCUGUCCAGAUUACUUCUAUUACAGGCCUCCACUCUUGCCCAGACGUCCCUCUGGAAAUACAGAAACAGAAGAGGAAAAAGAUCCAUUCUGUGAGGACCCGGAGAAAGAAGAAACUGAGGAUGACAUCUUCAGGUCAGAUGCAGAUGAGCCUCCCCAGUCCCCUCUCUCCCCUGCUGCCAUCUAUGGUGGAGACUCACCAUCAACCUCCAUACGCACAGGGACUAUGAGUUCCUUCCUUGGUGAUGAGAUUGGGUCCCUGAACAUGGAAGAUGAUGACAAUGAUGAAGAUGUGCAACCACUGUUCUUACACUUGUCGUGCACUGUGAAGACAAAGAGCAUAUUUGACUCUGUGCCAGUAGGAAAUCUUGUCACCUGUUUGAAUGAAUUCUGUGAAUGUUUUGAAGAUGAAGGUCCAGAUGUUGACUUGGGUGAACUGACUGUCACCCUGGACAUCAUCUGUUUGACCCUUCCACAGGACACUGAUCUGUCCACACAGAGGUUUAAGCCCAACUUUAAUAGGGCCUUUUCCAUUGGGAGCGCAUACAGUAGUUCCCCUCCGGGAGAUCCUGCUAAUACAGAGGAGACCAUGAGUGCUUCAGAUGUGGGCACUAGUUACAGUGUGGAUUCUGAAAAAACUAUUGCUCCUCCCGAGUCUCCUACCAGAGCUGGUUUUCGACGUAAUGCCGACCCAUUGGCCAAUCUCCCAGUGGUACAGAAGCAAGCUGUCAAUGAAUGCAAAGCACAGAUUGAGUGGCUGUUGAAAGAUGAGAUAGCCUCAGGUGCAUGUCAUAUUUCUCCGCCUACUGUAGAGACACUGGAGAUGGUCUCCAGACAUGUCCAGGAAUCCAAAGGGAAACUGUCCUGUAUCACAGAGCAAGUACCUCUACAGUUUGUGUAUGGACCACAGCAGAGUCGCUUGAAGUUCAUUGAGGAGUUUGAGAGAAUGAACAUCCCUGGUUACUACCUGCUAAAAGAGGGGGACUUCUACUACUUGGUCGUUGACAAAGCCACUCUAUUUUUGGAGGUCCAUGCCAAUGCCAUUAAGUCUGCGCUGGACAAGAUUAGCAGAGACAAUUCACCUACCAGAGGAGAAGAAAAAAAGAUAAGUGAUGUCUUCAUGGCUCGUUCAGGCACCUCAGAACCUGACUUAUCAAAGGAGGCUCAGUCAUCAGAUCUUGAUGCUACCCUGGUACCAGGUGGUGUGGACAGUGCCACCACUUCAUUGUCAUCAAAGUUGAGAACAGACAACGGCCCAGUGACCUUCAAUCCUGUCAUCUCCUUGAAGGAACCAACCCCUGACAGGACUGCUUCUGCUGACCCCCCUCACUCAACCUCAGAUAAUACCAGUGGAAGCUCUGUACAGGUUCUGGAUGACAAGAAUGACUCAGCAAAAGAUCUUUCUUCUAAUCUGAUGCAAUUUGUGGUGGAACAGAAGGAUCACGUGACAAACCAAGCCCAAGAAGCAGUCACAUCAGGUAGCAGUUUCAGUGACACUGUCACAGCAGCAGUAGAAAGUGCCUUCAGACCUCGCAGCCAGUCAAGUAAAGAUGAUGUCAGACGAAAACCACAAAAAGAGUCCCUGAGUAUGACUGAGAGCUGCGAUAAAGAUAAUACAGCAUUAAGAAUCAAAAAGUCUGCCAGCUCUCCUAGCAUGCAUGAUGGCAGUGAGGAUAUUCUGAUGAAGGAGGUGGACAUGUCAUCUCAAGAUGUGAGAAAGCAAGGCCGACCCAGGUCCAGUCUUCCUCAAACUCCAGUUAAUGGUGCUAGCAUGAAUAGGUCUAGAAACUCUUCUGGAACUCCAAAAAGUAUUAUUUCAGGCAUUGGGACACCUAAUCGCUCACGCCAUUCCUCUGGGACUUCAAGAUCGAGGCAUUCUUCUGGUAAAAUAUCCCGGAAAAUGUCUGGUAUAUUUGAUAGCAGCAGUCAUGGGAGCUGCACUGAAGAAGGCUACGAUGGAGACACAAGCAGCAGUGAAAGUGCAUUUCACGUACUUUUUGGCUAUGAAGGUGACUCCAGUGAUUCAGAUGCUGAGGGGGGUAUGUUGUCAAUGCAUGACACUGGUCCACAGCAGCCUAGACUGCCAGACUUCUGGCUACUCAUGAAGGUCAACAGGGACAAAGUGGAUAUCUUCUUCCACACCAGCUACACAGGCGAGGAAGAAACAGAAGACUUGGUGCAUAUGAAGAUAUUAUACAAUAAUGUCAUCAGUAACAUCAGAGAGACAGGAAGGAUUGUCAAUCAGCGACUUCUGCUGCAAGACCUCCAUGACACCCGAAUGUGCAAUAGCCUGCUGGUGCCAGAGGCAGAUGAGGAUAUCUCCUGGAAGAGGGAUCUGGAAGCCAUGCAUGCCUCUAGAAGGAGUGAUGAAUCAGAUGAAGAAGAAGAUCUUGGCCCUAAGGAAGGUUACCUAGCUGCUGCUCUUGACUUCGAACCAGGGCACUUUGCCUGUGACUGUGUGUGGAAACAUCAGUUUACACUGCACCCAAGGUUAAAAACAGGACUGGGGAGAACUGGGCUGUCUAGAGGUAUCCAAGCUCUGAGAUCAGUGCUGAAUGCCUUCUCUGUGAACAACAGGAAAAACAUGUUUGUGCUCAGAGAAAAUAAUGGAAACGUGUUCUACUUGAGGGUUAGUGACUGUAUCCCUGUAACACAGUCUGUGCAAUUAGGGGAUUCAGGGGGGCCUGAAGACCAGGUAGAUGGAUCAAAACUGUCAGAAGUUGCCAUGACUAGAGAUGAUUCUUCAGCUUCGGGGUUUCCAUUUAGCAAGGAUUUAAGGAUGCGGAGGUUAUCCUCCACAGACAGAGAUCCAGAGAUGCUGUCCCUGUCCUCAUCAACCAGCAGCAGGAUCUUCUCCAGGAAGAACGAGGAAUGCAUCGAAUUAUCUGUCCAUGGCAUAACAGAUGCAGGCCCUGAAAUCAAAGAAGAUCUGAUAGAUGUAUUGAAGAGGAAGAUGGAUGAUGCUGUGUUGGAUGUGAUAUCUGUGAUGUUGGCAAGAAAUGCCAUGUGUAAGCUGACUGUAGAUGAUGUUCAGUUUAUACAGCGGCCCUUUACAGCUCCUAAAGAGGUGCUACGUCUGGUUCCCCCAGCUGCUGCUAUGCAUUACCUCUUUGCUUUCAUGCACUAUCUUCGCCAGAACAUGAGGCAGUUUCUGUUUGUGCCAAAUUACAUAGAUAAUAAAGAGGAGCAUCACUUCCUGGAUUACUCUGAGGAAAUUCCAUCAUCUGGAGAUGUAUUUCUGUAUAAUCGACCUCAUGCCACAGGUAGAAAAGGCAUUGCAUGUGUCCAUUUGAGACUGGUGGAAGGAAGUGGAAGUGCAGUUCAGCCAUUAGGAGGUUCAAAGCCCUCUCCAAAUGCUUACCAAGAAGGUUUGGAUCCUGCUGACUUUGAUACCAUCUCUACUGCUGUCAGACACGAAACCAGUAACAAGAAGAAUCCAGGUCCCCUGUCCUUGAUUCAGCUGAGUAUCUGGGAGAGGGGAGAUGUAGACAUGAAUUUUCUCAAGGAGAAGCUAACCCAUGCUAUUCGCUGUGCCCUGUGUGACAUAGUGAUGGAGUACCGUCUGCUGACUGCCCCUCUCUGUGAGAUACCAUAUAGAUACAAGGAUGCACUGGAGGGGCUGUUCCAGUCAGUGCCUUCCUCCCCAGUAGUCUCAGAAAAAGCCAACAGCCUUCCCCAUGCACCACUGAGGAAAAUGCAUUCAGAGUCUCCAAGAAAAGGAAUUCCUGUGACUUCUCCGGGGACCCUGUCAAAUACACCAUCAUUUUUGGACUUAUUCUCCAAAGGAAGAUUAUCCUUUAUGUCUCCUAGCAGGAGUGGUGAUGCUGGCAAACUAGACCAGCAGACAAACAGCCAGGAGAAGCUGGAAACAGAUGCACAACACAAACAUGAGCUAGAACUGAAGCAAAAGAUCUGGAAGUAUGAGAUUGGUGAGAGAGGGAUCCUGUUGCCUCUGUAUCCCACCACAAUGCUGUCUUGGCUGGAGUUUGCUGCUAAACUUGGAGUUCCCUCCAUUCAGAAGUUUUCUGGUGUCCUUUUGUUGCGUGUGUCUGUGGAAUUUGUGCUGAAGGAGUUUCAGGCCAUGGUGUCCAGCCUGUCACCAGAUAUCACAGUGCGAGUGUUCAAACACAUAUCAAAACUUCAGACAGAGGAGGAUAUGGGGUAUCAUCCAUAUAACCCCUCCAGAGUAACUUCUAUGAGUACAGAGAGUUCAAAAGAGUCCUCACUUGAUAUGGCUCAAUUUGCCUGUGUGGGAACCCCAGGUAAACCAAAUCAUUACAUUGUGAUUGGUAGAAAUUUUGACCAAUGGAAACAUUGUAUUGAGCGAUAUGAGGAAGAAGACUCAAAUGACCAGCAGUCUGCAACUCUCAGUGGGAAAGUGAAGAAGAACUAUCAGAAGUUCUGUUCCCUGGAUAGUGAGGCAGCUCCAGAAAAAAACAGUGAUCUGGGAAAUAGCAGUGGACUCGCCACUGCUGCAGCACCAUCUGGUGUAGAGGAAAAAGUUUUUGUACCCAGGCAGAGGUUUCUCAUAUUGAGUGUGAAAGAUAUAACAAUGGAGCUAUACACAUACAACUCGGCAGCAGAUGUGGUCAGUACCCUUGACCGCCAGUUUACACGACUAAUUCAGUGGCACAAUGCUAGGACACACCUGUUAUCCAGUAUUCUCAGCCAGAAGGCUGGCUUGUUCCAACAUUACUCAUUUACAGAAUUAGCUGCAGUCAGGGGAAAGGAUGCCAAUCCAUACAUCCAGUCAGCAGAUGUGGACCUUCUAUUCAAACAUCAGAACCCUCCUUCCAAGCCAGACUUGCAGCGGCAGCGCUCUCAAUCUGUCUCUAUGCAUCUUCGCCCUGAGGUUCAUCCAGCCCUGCCAGCAGUGGAUGAACUGUUCCGUGACACAUUUCCCCCUCAUCCUCUACACAGGUCUCCGUUUGGCAGUUUUAGGGAUCCUGUGAUGAGACAUGGGUACCAGCUACGGGAGGUCAGGGAGAUCACAAGAAGGGAAUCAGAAAAGAAGGUCAGGCUGGAGACUAUAUAUGCCCAGUGGCAACAGAGGCAGUCAAAUGCUGCCAUUGCUGAGGAUAUGUUGAGAUUAUUAAAACAAAACUCUCACCUUGUCCACAAUGUGACAACACCACUGCUGUUUAGUCCAUUGCGGAGGAAGACUGUCAUAGAAUCCACCUGUCCUCAAAAAGGAGAGUCGACCACAUCUACCCCUCAUGAGGAGAACUCUCGUUCUAGACAAAACUCUGGAACCAGUGUCAAAAGCAAGCGAUCAGACAGCCAGCAAGGUAAGAUACGCCAUACCUCUACAGCAUCCCAGUUGAGUCAGGCACCAAGUCAUGAAUCUCCACGUCUCAGGAAUCCCAGUCAAGAAGAAGAGGAAAUGUGGCAUGUGGACUUGAGAACUCACUUCAUUCAGCUAUAUAUGCAGUACCUCCAGCAGCUGGGCUUUAUGCCUGUCCAAGUCACUGCUUCUCCCAAACAUAGGAUGAAGGGGAAGGGAGAAGUGCGCCCUCCCAGCAGUCAAGUCAGCAUGGUACAUGUGGUGCAGAAGACACUUCCAGGUGGUAUCAUGCUGAUGGAGCUGAGCUUUAAAGACAUCUUUUUCUGCAUCAAAUUAUUUGCCUUUGAGUGCAGUAAGCUCCCUCUUGGUCAGAAUGUGAAUUCCCAGCUUACUAUGCACUUCUUAGAUGAAUGUGACAAAAUGAAGGACCUGUCUCAUGUCCAUUCAUUUGCCUAUGACUUCCAUCUUCGUUGUGUACAGCGGUACAUAGAAGGAAGGCCUAUGUUACAUGAUGGUUACCACUUGGCCAACUUUCUGGCUGACUUUAUCAAAUGUUAUCCCAACCCUCCAUCCUUCUCAAGGAACUGUGUAUAUGAAGGUGUCCAUGAAACCAGAGACACCAACAGCCCCAACACCCAUCUUUAUGAUUACAUACUGAACCAUGACAAGAUGUACAAGAUGAAGUCUGUCAAGAUGAAGCCUUCCCCUGGCACUGAUGACUUGGAGGCCCAGUUUCCUCUCCGUAACCAGUAUGCCCUUGUCUCUCACUUUACGAGACGAGCCGCACUGGAUGUUCAGGAUGACACAAAACAGAAGUCCAGUGAUUUCAACAUUGGACUUGUUAUUACUCAUGAUGCACCUGUGAGAUACAGUGAGAAAGACAAGCAGGACACCAUUUCUCUGAAAUACUAUGUGAUCUUAACCAGUAAGAGGGACUUGUAUCCAAUCCUUAUGUUGGAGAAGUGGCUUGGGAUGACCAGGUUAACAUCCAGUACACAGAGACAGUCUAUAGGGUCUGUCAGUGGUAGUGUCCCUGAGACAACUGUGUACUCUGUGACACCGACUGACAUCCCCCCACUGCCGGUCAGCCAGCACAUCAAUGUGCGUCCAGAAACUGAGCUGUCCAGGUUUUCUAAGGAGGUGACCAGUGUCAAUUACCUGGGUUUUACAGCCAAUCACCAGACGCCAAUGUAUGCUCUGUUGGAGAAAGAACAGGAGGCUGCCAGAGAGCGUAUAUCCCAGAUGGUGGACAAUGCUAAAAUUCAGUGCCGUCGAGACAUCCUGUGGAACAGACUCCUGGUCAGUGAUGUCAGGGAGGAUGAUAAGCGCAAGGGGAGGAGUGACACUGAGGAGAGCCGAGGAGACAGGCAACUGAUGAUGAAGCUAAGUUUCGCGGAGUUCAUGGAGCUCUUGGAGGUGGUCCACAAAGUACCCUUGGGGGACAUUGACAGCAGGUUGAUAGCCUUCAAGAACAUGAGUAUCCAGUGGUUUCAGGGUCUAGCACGGGUCCUCAUGGCCAAACCUGAUUAUGUAGAUAAUCACAGAUAUUUUGUUAGUCAGGACCAACAUGUGCAGCAUGUGGCCAUACCCAAUCCUAACUACUUGGAUACAUUUAUUUUAUUGAGUCUGGAUAAAAUGAACAACAAAGCAGACUUAUGUGCUGUGUAUAGAGACACCGUGGAGGAAUCAUCUGUCUCCAAUCCUAGUCGCCCAGCACAAGCUAUGCAGACACACAUAGAGGGCUUCAUCAAUGCUUGCUGCUACCACAUGUGGGCAGGCAUCACCUAGAAACAGAUAUCUUUUCCCAAGAAAAGAUUUCUUAUCAGAGGACAUGUUUUAGGGGUUUGCUUAGGGGGUAACUUUAUGCAUUGAUAUAAAGUGAACUUGUUGACUGAUAAGCAAAAUAUGAAGACCUAAUUUAAAACAUUAAACCCUGUUAGCUGAAAGACUAAUAUUGUAUAACACCACCAAGAUUUGAGAAUAUGCAUGUAGUUUCUUAUUGUUGAGAAAAGAUGAUAUAUUUUAUCCUGAAAAGAAAUGGCAAAAAGAUCUGAAAUAUGUUUUGAUGCACUGUUUUGAAUGUAAGCAUCUAAAAAAGUUAACAUUGAAAAUAAAAGGUAAAGUUACUGUAUUUUCGAGGAGUAUUUUGCAUCAAUAAUUUAUCACCUCUGUUCCUUAGGAAGCUUUGAACAGUUUAAUUGCAGCAUAAAAUUUGUAAAUAAGCUGAAUUUUACAAGUAAUAUGUGAAUAUUGGUUCAUACUUUAUUUUAUCCAUUUGCUUGAAUUGAUCACACCAUUCGAAUUGCUUGGCACAUUGCCAUGAUAUUUCAUUUUAAGGAAGUGUGAUGGUGGUCAUACCUUAAAUUAUUGAUAAUAGUAGGCCAAUACAGUUUACCAAUUUGCAGUAAACUAAUGUCAUAGAAACUUGUAUGCCAAUAAUUGUUCGGUUAACAGUUUUUGUGCACAAACUGUCUAAAUUUUUUAAAGGAAAUUAAAGUAGCAACAAUUCAGAAAUGCAAUAUGAAAGAUUGCAAGUAAUUCAUUGACUGUAAGUGUUGCUGUUUUUAUAUACAGGUAGUAUUACUUCUUUCCCCCCACCCCCUUUUCAGAAUUUAAUAAAUGUUUAAAAGUGAAUUUAUGUGUAUGGGGGGUAUAAGGUGGAAAUUUAUUGUUAUAAGGUGCUUUUCACAUGUGCGUGAGAUUUGAAUGCAUUAUGUACAAUUUGAAAAUAUAAAGUAUAAUGCUGAUGUUUGUAUCAUAUGUUUAAAUAUUUUCUUUAAUGGGCUAUUAAAAUCAACUCUGUUUUGGUCUGUGCCCAGUCUUUAUUUAUUUAUGUGUGGUAGGAUGCAGUUGUAUCAUGUAUUGC